AUGCUACUCUACGUGUGUCCACGACCCUCAAGUGAUGAUGAAGAUGCUGACCUGGACUUCGAUUCCCUCGAGAUCAACGACAAUGAGGCUACUGGUCCGACGGAGUUCAAGCAGGCGGGGAAACGCAAGGACGGCUCAAGUGACGUUGAAGGUGCCUCAGCAAGUUCGCGUUCUAGGCGACAAGCAACUGAACGGAACAAGCCAGUGCCCCACACUGUAGCAGGCAUAACCUCAAGCUACUUUUGCAUUGCAUUUUCCGACCUCAUCGACUGCUUUACUGACUUUUUUUCCGUAACGGUGUGA